UGUGAAGUGGCCACAUUAAGAACUGUACAUGCAUUUACAAUCUCAGUGUGCCGCGAUGAGUGAUUUUGAUAAAAUAGAAUCUGCUAUUACCAAAAAAUAUGAGGAUGGCGUUAAAAGUGCAUUGGAACCAAUGAACAUUACUGAGCUUAAGGAUUUUUAUAAAUUUUACCAAGAAGAAGAAAAGGCCAUUGACGACGAAGAAGUCGGACCCGUAAAGAACACACCCUCGUUGGAAAUGUUUGCAGAAAUCUUUAAGCUACUGGAUAACCAUCCAUCAAAUUUGCAGAAACCCAAGCCUAAAGCUGCACCAAUAACAAGAGACCGUAUGAAUUCAACAAUAUCAAGAUCAUCCACAUCAUCACUCAAUGAUUUAUGUACAAGCGCAUCAAAUUCAAGUCUAAAUCAAAAGGAUGCCUCAAACAGCUCAUUAAAUAUAGCUAAAUUUGAAGAAAAUUUUGUUAAACCUUCAGAAACUUAUAGCAACUUUUGCAAAUUUCAAAAACAAUUGAAGCAAAUCACACUUGAAAUAGAAGAUCAGAGUAUCGAAAAAGAUUACAUGGCGAAACUCAAACAGCUAAAUAACUUUUCGCAGCAAUUAGAAAAACUGCUGCCUAAAGAAAAAGUAGGCCAGUCGGCCUUAACGACAGAGGAAGAAAACAUAUUAGGAGCUUUAGUAAAUAAAAUGGAUGACUUAAAUUGUAUACGUGACAACCAAGGCAUAUUUUCCCAAGAAAGCAAUCCAAUAUAUACAAACUCUCAACGUUUGGAUAGUCUAGUAGACAUCUUGUCACAUUGCUUAAUAGCAGCCAAUUCAUUCAAUAUAAAUUAAUUUAUUUACAUUUAUGAAAUAAAAAUCGGUAUUUUAAGUAAA